CCGGUCGACAUGCGGCAUGGUUUCUAUUUCCUCUUCUUCCUCCUUUGGGAUGGAAGGCUUCUGGAGGGAAGCAAUGUGGAAAGGCAGCUUAUGAAGGACCUCCUAACAAAUUACAAUAAAGUUCUCCCCGUCGAGACACCCAAUACCUCACUCGUGGUCUCCUUUCGGCUCAUUCUCUUUCGAAUCAUCGAAUUGGACGAGAGGAACCAGGCCCUCGUGACCAACGUGGAGGUCGUUCAACAGUGGAACGAUAUCCGAUUGAAAUGGAACGCAAGUGAUUACGGUGGUAUCCAGCAGACCAUGAUACCUUAUGACUCAAUCUGGACUCCGGACAUCAUUCUCUACAAUAGCGCGGCGAUGGACUACACCGACCGGCUGCUGAUGACGAACGCAAUCGUGAACGCGACAGGCGACGUGACCCUGCUCACGGCUGCCAUCUUCCGCUCUGUUUGCGACGUGGACGUCUCUUACUUCCCGUUCGACAUCCAGAAUUGCACGAUGCGCUUCAUGUCAUGGACCCAAGACAAGACCAGAGUUCAGAUGAAGCUGGAUCACAACAAUAUGAUCGAGUUGAAGACAUACAUUGAAAACGAGGAGUUCUCGCUGGAAUCUUAUGACGCCGAGCUAAGGGAGGAAGAGGAUCCGUGUUGUCCAAACCGUUUCUCUACGGUGGACUAUGUCAUUCGGAUCAAGCGCCGUGCUGCUUUUUUCGUCAUCAACUAUGUCCUCCCCACGAUUGACAUCAACGUCAUCGCCCUGCUAACAUUCCUCGUACCGUGUGAGAGCGGGGAGAAGGUGACGCUUGGGAUCUCCACGAUGCUCACCACUAUCAUCUUCCUCAUGAGCAUCAGCGAUAUCCUCCCGCCCACCGAAGGCAUCCCUCUCAUCGGGAAAUUCUACUGCGCCAGCAUCGGCCUAGUGUCAUUGGAGGUGGCCCUCGCCAUCCUCACCCUGUUUCUCCAUCACUUGAAGGACAUCCGAGUACCCCCUUGGGUCCGGAAAAUGUGUCGAAUGUUGGCCAAACUAUCCUGCAUGAAGGAGCCACGAUUCUGCAACGUGAAGGGGGGACCGCGUGAGAACGAGAAAGGGAAGACGGAAUUCACCGACGGGAUACCACCUCCCUUCCUCUAUGGAGACAGGAUGGCUUCGAGUAGACGACCCUGUUGGAUGAGCCCCGUCGAACCCACGAGGAAGGAAGAGAUGACAGACAUGGAGUCGAACCUGAGAUGGAUCUCCUCCCUCGUGGAAUACCAGAAUCGGGAAAGGGAGAUGGAGUUCUGGACCCACCGAUAUAAUCGUCUCGUGGAGUUGGAGAAUUGGAGAACCGUUGCUGACAUCCUGGAUCGAAUCUUUCUUUAUCUCUUUUUGGCACUCAACUUUUUCGUCACUAUCGGGAUUCUCUUUUCAUCUCCGACGAUUAGAUAAGUAGAUUAGAACCUAGCCAC